AUGUCAUCUUUAAGGAGAUCAUCAAGAGUCGUCUCGCAGCUUUCUCAUGGCAGAGUCACAGACCAAGGGAACAUCAGAAAAAUAUCAACAUCCACGACAAAACGACCAUUGGCCGCAAAGAAAGCAGAAUUACUCUCCAAUCAUGUUGAGCAGAAAGGCGUAUCACCACUCUCAAGUGAUGAUACAAAACCAAGAGUGGGCGACGAUCAACUAGCUGGGAAAAAGUGGAAGUCCUGGUCAGCUCACGCAUUAUCAUCGCCGUUUCCUGACUUUGGUCGGCCGACCCGUCACGAAUGCGAAGAGGCUUAUCGUGUUCUCUACGAAAUGCAUAACGACGAUGUCGAGAAGGAGUUCCAAGAUCCAUAUACGCCUGACACCAUCCCUCACGUCCUCGACGCUAUGAUUGUUGCGGUCCUGAGCCAGGCCACAAGUUGGAGUAAUGCAAAGCGCGCUAUGGAUAGUCUUGUGGCCACCUAUGGAUCCAUUUUUGCAUAUGAUGAGAUUUUCAAUGGCGGGAUGGAGAAACUGCAGAACGCACUUCGCUGUGGAGGUCUACACAUCCGCAAAUCCAAGAUCAUCAUGACCAUUUUGGAACAAGUCCAACAACGGUAUGGCAAAUGGGAUCUCGAUCACCUAUUUGACCUAGGGAAUGAGGACGCUAUGAAGGAGCUCAUAAGUUAUAAGUAUAUCGGACCCAAGUCUGCCUUUGUUGUCAUGGGCUGGUGCCUCAAAAGAAACAACUUUACUGUUGAUACCCAUGUCUAUCGCAUUGCUGGGCUCUGGGGGUGGAGGCCCAAAGAGGCCAGUCGAGAGAUGACGCAAGCACAUUUGGAUGCGCUUGUUCCUGUUGAGCUGAAAUACAAGUUACAUUUCCUGCUCAUUGCACACGGUCGGGCUUGUCCUGCUUGUCGUGGAGGAAGCAAGCAGAAUCAGGCGUGUAGUGCCCGCAAAGCGAUGGUGAAAAGUGUGGAAGGUUGUAAAUAG